AUGCGCAUUGUUGCGUCAUUAGGUAAACAGUCCGUGAAGCAGCUCGUCCAAGCGGUUAUGGCGUAUGAGGCUUGUCUCAGGAAAACAGUUCCUGUAAGCGGAGAAAAGGAUUCCUUUUGUCCAAAUAGCGUUUUGCUUUUACCAAACAAAGCAAUAACCUUUGGUAGAAUUAUUUCUAGAGAAACAAAUGUUCGUUUAUUGUCGAAAACAACACCACUGAUGAUUUCUCGCAGACAUGCAACGAUUUCUGUUUCGGCGGGCAAAUGGACGAUAGUUGACCAUGAGGUAAGAAAGCGCAGUUAUUUUCGUCUCUUCUUGGGUAUAUCUUAAAAGAAAACGUAUGAAUAAGGUUUUACCUAACAACCCAAAGAGCUUUGAAGUUUAAAAUGUAAGAAGUUGACUUUUAUUUUAAGCAUUUUUAAUUUGUAGCAGCGCAAUGGUAAAGUUUGUUGAUAUUAUUGUUCUCCAUUUAUGAAUAUUCAUCAUGUUAAAACCCAUGCUAAGUAAGCCGCUGGUUGGAUAACUAACAAAAGACCACCUUAAUGGAAAUUUCACUUGCUAAUAAGUGUGUUUCGCGCAGUGUAAAUUGUCUUCUAAGUCCUGUUUGUAGAGCUGAAAACAACUUGGGGUCUUGGAGGUUUUUGUUCAAAUAGCGUACCACAUCGCAUGAAUGUAUUCAAACUGGGUUUGUCCUAUCUUACAUGUACCAAAAUUUUGUGUUGAUCACUUUUUGGUUUGAAGGUGAAAUCUCUUAUGUUUUACUUUUUUAAUGUUUCUUCUCUAAGUUUUUGUCAAAAUAUAUGUUACUAAUUAUUUAUCUAAGAUUACUUUUCGUAAAGAACCAGGAAUUUCAACCUAUGUUUUGUUCACUUUUAAAUCAAAUAUGUACUUUUGUACUUUAGAGUGAAACUUUGAAUCACUCUGAUAGUUCAAAAAGAGCUGCAAUACUGCAUGUAAGUGUCUCUCCUUCCAAAUUGCCUUCUGUUUGUCUUGGAAAUAAAGUUAAAAUUGAAGUCAGUUGUCAUAGAGUGCAACCCUGCUUUACUAAACACCCUCUUAACUGCAGGACACCUUGUUUCCUGCAUCAUGUGUUGGAUAAAAAUGUCUUAGUCCUAUGGAAAAGCCUUCAUGUUUUCUCUACACUCAAUUUGUUUUAUAACAGGUCCAGUUCACCAAAUGAAAACAUAUGCACUGUAGGGAUAAAUAAGUCUGUUGUUCUGUCUUCUGCAUUGCAGAGUUUAAAUGGAGUAUAUGUCAAUGGCAGUAGAAUUCAGCCUAGUUUGCGUCACGUGAUUGAACCUGGGGAUAGGAUUGCCUUUGGUGUAGGAAUAGACCCAGAUCCACCAGAGUUUGAGUAUGUCUUUGAACAUGCUGGGAGAGGCAAGAAAAGAUCCCAUGCAGAGACAUCUUCAACAAACAGAGUUAAACAGAGAAAAAUUUUGAGUGAAAGUGUCAAUGUGUCGGUGACUGCAGAUCAUCCUGUUGUGCGUGAAGCUAUUGGUGUCGCUGAGGAAAAGAUUAAGAGAUUGAAGUCUUCUCUAGAAGACAAAGAGAAAUGUCAUGCUGACGUUGUUCAGCAGUUGGAGAAGACAGAAAAAGACAUGCAAGCCAAACUGUUGGAGCAGAAAGCUGCCCUAGAGAAUGAAAAGCAAGAGCUUGAAAGUGCUCUGAAGACUCUUUUUGCAGAAAAGUUGACAGAGAAGGAAGAAGAGCUAAAUGAGCAGUUGAGGAAGCAAAAGGAAAGUCUUAUGGUUGAAAAAGAGCUGGUUGAAGCUCAGUUACAAGAGGAAUUAAACAGAAAAUUAGAAGAAAAAGACAAAGAACUUGAAAAUCAGCUGACUCAGCAAAAACUAUCUCUGGAAAAAGUUAUUUCUGAGAAGGAAGCUCAACAGAAUCUUUUACAUACAGAACUAGAAAACUACAAGGCCUCUCAGGCUCGCUUACUGGAUUUAGAAGCGAAUGAAAUAAGAAUGGAAUCCACACUUCAGGAGCUACGACAGAUUGUUGAGUCUAAAAAUGAAGAGCUUCUUAAACAACAAGAAGAAACAAAAAGAGUUGAAAUGGAGACAAGAAAAACUGUAAUUGAGCAGAUGGAGGAUGAGUUUACAUGCAUCAUUUGUCAAGAUCUUUUUAUUAAUUCUACCACUUUACCAUGCGCUCACUCCUUCUGUGAGUACUGUUUGCAAACCUGGCUCUUGAAGAAGAACAACUGUCCCAUUUGUCGCCAGACCAUAACAGGAAAACCAGUCAGGUCUCUUGUUCUUGAUAACGCCAUUGCCAAAAUGGUGGAAUCUAUGGAUGAGGAGACCAAGACAAGGCGGCAGACAGUCAGCCAGGAAAGACAAGAGUUAAAAUUACAAGGUAAUACGGUAACGGUUGUCAUCAUUGAUGGCUGAGCCAUCCAUGGCUAAGCCAUCCUUUUAUCUACGACUUAUCGACCUUGUCUAUGACUAGGUGUACCCAACUAUGAGAGGGAAAGGUAGUGAUCCGAUCCAGCCGAGAAGAGAAAAUAUCCACUUACCUAUAAAGUGUUUUCUCUGAAUGCAGUAACUUCAAUUUUAAGACCGAAGAAAGAAAAAUGAGAAGUUGCAGUGAAUUUACCCUCAUCGGAACAUGAAUCCUGCUGAAAUCCUUUAGGGAGUAGGCCGAAUGAAGUUACAAGCAACAAUUAUUUCCUUAGCUACCGUCAUGAGCAAUUUCCUCAAUGUGCGAGAAUAUCACACUGAUUUAGCACACGGAAAUAGGAAAUAUUUGGUCUUAGACAGAUUGAUGACAAAUACAAGUAGUAUUUUCAAUGUCUACUGACCAAUUUCUACAAUAUUGAGUAUACUUCUAGUUUUGUUGCCGAAGUCCGUACCGUACACAACUGGCAGCGAUAUUAAAGAAACAGUGAAUGCCUUUUUUCAACUUAAUGUGAGUAUUGCGGAAGUAAGUGAAAUUGAAGGAGAAACUAUAUUAUGUGGCUUUUUGCUGUACUGUCAUUCUGAGAUGAAACCCAUUCAGUGAAGAUUUGUAUACGAGAAAAAAUAUACACUGGCUGUUCUAAAAGCUUUGAGUUACGAUUUGUAGCAUCGGUAAGUAAAAAAUUCAACAAACUCAAACCCACCAUAUUGCCAAAAUAAUGUAAGAAUUUUUACAUUAAUAGUCUAAAGUCAAUCAUUAAAAUCAUGCAUUACUAGUGAUAGUGUUUUUAAUCUCUGCACAUUUUCGUCUAAGCAAAUUUAUGCACUGCAAUUUUUGAGUAACUGAAAGAUGAAAUAAGUCUAACAAAAUGAUUUAAUUGAUAAGGCUUAAACAAAUCUCAUCUUGUCAUCCAGGACGAGUAGAUUUUCUUGCUGGGCAAGUAACUUUUUAUGCUCUCUUGCCCAGUAAGCAAGUGUCCAGGCAAGUCAUGAAUCAUUGACUAAAUCAAGUAAGCAAUGGCCAUGGGCAAGCAACAUGUGAGGGCUAUUUGUUGAAAAGACAAUUUUUUUUAGCCCUGAGUAGGUCUAAGUGACUUUUGUGAACAGCAAAAAACAGGGUUCGUACAGGUUAUGGAAAACCUGGAAAGUCAUGGAAUUUAAGAAUUUCAUUUUCCAGGCCUGGAAAGUCAUGGAAUGUAAUUGUCGGUACUUGAAAGUCUUGGAAAAUGAAAGCUCUGUUUGGUAGAUUAGUUACUGCAGAUGACAAAGCAAGGACAAUUAAACAUCAGGAGGAGUAAUUAAACAGUGCAAACAGCAUGCAUUUUGGUGGACACCAGAGUUUGUGUCUGUUGAACUGUUUAAAAUUUAAAAAAAUAUGCUAAAACAAGGAAGGUUUUGAAAAUUCUCAAAAGUGACAGCUAAACAUUAAGUCAUGGAAAACUUGAAAAAGUAAUGGAAAUAGUCAUGAAAGUCAUGGAAUUUGAAGACCUCAAAAGAGUACGAACCCUGAAAAAUUCCUGUGGAUUUGGUUGUGAAAUAAACAAUUUAGUGUCUGAUGACAUUAAGGUCUACCCAUGUGUACAGUGUAAGAGCUUCUCAAGUAACAGUAAUAGUCUUCCAACAUUGCAUGUGGCUUAGCUUACUGGUAAAUAACUGAUCAGAAAUGUAGAUCUAUAUUAUUUAUUCUUAUGCCAUUGCAGAUGUCUUGUACUUAGAAAGUUUUCAAACCUGGCAAAUUUUGGUGUAUUGCUGGCAGGGCCAGUUAUGCAAUGAGAAAUACUUUACACCCCAUAUCCUCUGCAUUCAAUAUGCGAAACCUACUGUUUUGACGAAAGGUUAAGAAAAUAAAUCAACAUCUCUGUGACUGUCAGAUGGCUACUUCAGCCUGACUGAAAAACCAUGUAGGUUUCCUUAAAGGAAGUUGAAAUUGCUGCUUGCUGGUAACCGUCAUGUUACAGAAUAUUUUUUUUAUAUAAUCUUUAGCAAAACUGUGGACCCUAGUAAUAAUUUUUUUUUUGGAUUCUCUUUGGCAUGACCUUUUUACCCUUUUUUCCUUUAAGAUUAAAACCCCUGUUCUCUACAUUUUUAUUUAUUUAAUAAAGGACUGUAUAUACAUUGAGUUGUUAAAGUAUUACUUGCCUGGUUUAAAUUGUCAUUUACCUGCACUUUUUUAUGGGCAGCAGUUCAUUAAUGUUUGUCAUAUAUUGGUGUACAUUUUACUGCUUCCUAAGAAUAAUCAUUUUUCAGUUUUGUUGAGCUGACUGUUUCCGGUAGGUCUGAGUUUUUUUAUCAAGCUUGUAAAACCAUUUUCCGGUACAUGUACGUAAUAAACAACUACUUGUCAUUUGUUACCUGAUAAAUGAUUUAUCGGGUACCAAUUUGCAAGCAGUUGUUUAUUAUUGCACAUCAUUGUUCAACAGCUGUACAGAAAUCUGUGUGUUUUGAGCACUUAAGUUUGAAAACAAGGCUCUGUUCAGUAAUUUCCGGUGUUAAUCUUGUGUUGAGAAGCUGAAGCCUGCUAAGUGCAUGGAAUGGACAUUAUUAAAGGCUGAACAAUCUGUUACAGUAGGUUAAGUCUUUAAAUGAAUUGUAAUUAAGGAGUUAACUAGUGCCCAGCAUGGUGAUGCUUUUUUGAUAAUGGGCAGACUUGUUGCAAAAUUAUGAUUGUGGCUAACUUAAUAGCCUUCUCUGAUUCAGAAAGAAAUCCUGUUUCCUUUUUUUAAAACAGUAUUGCUAAAAGUAAAAGAAUGGAUACACACUAAAAAUAAAUAGAUUAAAAAAUCUAUUUUUUAAUAGCUAAUUUUAAAUACAAAAAUGGAAAAAAAUUUAUGGCACAUAAACUUAAUACCAAGAGAAUUCCAUGUUGACAAAUGUAUGGUUCCACUGAUGGAUCUGGAAAGUUCAGCAGCUUGCUUUUAAUUCAGAUGUAUUUUUUUAACAAAUAAAAAGUGUCACACAGAUUGGGCCAACUAUUGAUUAUGAGAAGAGAGAAGGCUGUGUUUAUUUUGCAUUGUUUUUUGGUCAAUAGGGUUGAAAGAAGCAACUCAGUUGAUCAACAAAAACACAUCAGAUCUCUCUUGUCAGGUUGCUUUAUAUUUCAAGGUGGUCAGUAGUAACCUAACAAACCUGGUUUGUUAAUAAAAAUAUUUGAAAUGACUCAACCUGAUUUGUGUUAAGGAGGUACCACUAAGGUCAAAGUCCUGGAAAACACUCAAUAAAGUAGGUCUGUCCUGAGGGUGUCAAAAAUCUGAAGUGGGUGGCUGGUAAUUAAGUAACCAGCUAUCAACAUGGUUAAAAAGAAUCUUUUAUUUCUUCAAUUAAGGGGGAGAAGUAGCCGACUUCCCUUAGCAGAGUACAUGGCACCUUUUGUUGGUCAUUAUUGCAUCUGCAUAAGCCAAUAAUUUUUUUUCCUUAAGUUGUUUGAAUAUCAUAUAGAAAGGAGCCCAAGAUGUCUUUAAGUUGUCAGAGGCAGUGGUUUCUUUUCAGAGAUCACAAAUCAGUGAACAUACUUCUAAGUCUGAUCAGUCAUCAGUGUCUUAUAUAACAAAUAUUGGAUGAUGAUGUCUCCUGUCAGUAAGAUAAUAUUUUUGACAGUGCCAUAACUAUCAAGAGAGUGAAGCAACAUUGUUGAAAUAAACUUUCUGGCGAUGGGUUUUGUUUAGUUAACAGUAUAUUAUUAAAAACAAUUUUUUUGUUGAGCCAUUUUAAUCAGACAGGUUAUUUUACACAUCUGUGGGAAAUGAUAGAUAUGUUCUUUGACACUUAUCAUCUGUUUUACACAAUUUUGGUUAAAUGUUGAAUAAAACAGACCAUUCAAUAGAUCCGUGUUAACAUUUACCAUAAAGUCACUUAGUCAAUUCUAAUUUUGCCAUUGAUUUACUGUACAGCAGCUGCAGCUAGAGCAACUCCUGGUUCACAGGGCCAUCCUAUUGUUGUGAAUGAGAAUGAUGGACAACAGCCUGGUCCAGCAUACACUGCACAUGCCGCCCCUAGGGUGGCGCAAAAUCAACCUUGGCAUCCAAGAUCAAGGGAACAACCAUACACCCGUGGAGUUCAAGUGACCGAUACACGUCCAGCUGCUACCCACCAGAGAAAUAAUUACAACCGAUAUUAUGAUCAUCACAGGUACUAUGGUAACUAUGGAGGUCAUGCUGGAUAUCGUGGUGGGGCUGAUAUUGAGAGGGAACAUGCGCAUGGUAAUUACAUGCAAGGUGUUCCUGGAGCAUAUUAUCCUGGUUAUGGUCAGUGCCGAUUAUGUGGUGAGUAGUAAGCAAGCAAACUUCCUCUUCUGGUGUGAGACUCUUCCCCAGGGGGAUAGUCCAGAUCAGAAGUAACGGGGAUGAUCAAAUGGUAGCAAAGUUUUGAUAGAGGAAUUGCAAAGCCAUGUGGAAAAUUGGAUGGCAAAACCCAAAAAAAUCCAAUGAUUAAUUUCCGAGCCUUCAAAAAAUUCCAGAAACGAUUAAAAAUAAAAUGAUAUAACACAGAAACUAAGAACAUUAGAAAAAUCCAUCACCAGAACUAUGUGGCCAGGAUACGCGGGCACUACCAUGAAUCUUAAGAUUUUUUUAAAAGAAAACCUAAACAAUCAGUACUUAAAUCAAGCCACCCAAAAAAAGCCCUGAAUGAAAAAUUUCAAACCCAAGAAAGUCCUUCAAUCAUCCUUGUCACUUGAAAUCCAGAGUACCCUCCCACCGGAGCACUCUUCGAAAAGCCAUGAUUUGAUACAUUUUUUCAAAAUUUCAUUUUGUUGAUGUGGGUGUAGUAUUAAAGCAGUGAGCGGGGGCUUCCCUAAAAAUUGAUGGGGAUACAGUGUACUUUUCACAGAAAUAUAGCAGUUAUGGUGACUGGAAAAGGCCCAUUAAGGCCUUUGAUCAAUUAUAUGAAGAUUUUUGUUUCAAAAUGCAUAAGGUUUGCUCUUAUUACAGUAAGAGAAUUUAACAUGUGAUUCAGAAUCACUUAGGGCCUAUUUCAUGUACCCCUUUAAUUGGUACUGUCUUAGGGGUUAAGAGGAGUUUGGGCCACACCCAUUAAUGGAGAUCCUGAUGUCUUUUAGAGGAAGUCUUUGAAAUUGUUGCAGUGCAUGAGCAUUGGUCAUUUUUAUAGGGAAAUCAACUUCGUGAUGGCUUCUGCAACAACAAGUUUACACUAAUAGUGGCAUUGUAAAUACUGAAAGUUGCAGUACACUGGAACCUUGAUAUAACAAAGGGCUAAGUUCACUAUAAUGAGGUUUUUCUAUAUGGAGGUUCUUGUUAUGUGUACUACUACUUGGGUAAAGAAAACUGUUAUACCAAGGACUUCGUGGUAUAGAGGUUUAUAUCAAGCUUCCACUGUAAUAUGCUUGCUUUAUUUCCAAGUAAACUUCCCUCUGCAAUCAGAUUUUUAUAUCAAAUUACUUUGACUAGGAAAUAAAUUGGUUCAUAUAUGUUUUGGGCUAUUUUGGGGUUGUUUUAAUUUAUUUCAUCAAAUGAUGUAGAUUCAUUGCUUGGUAAAGACAUUUGUGUCAAUAAAUAUAAUUUAUUAUUUUUUCAGGUAUGAGAGGGCACUGGGCACCAGGAUGUCCAUUCCAGCACUAGAUGGAGUCCUACAUACCCACAGAACACUAACAUAAUAUGUCAGUCACAGCAUAUGGGCAAUAUGGUUUUACCAUACAUAUUAAUCUAGCAGAUAAUUAAUCUAAAAGAUAAUUAGACUGAGUGAGGUUGAAAGCAUACAGUGUGGAUGCAUGUCAUGGAAAAGUUUCAGUUCAGCAUUUUGCAUCUGCUAUAUUAUUCAUAUAACUUAAGCACGGCAGUUUUGCCAUAAAGGUUUAAGUGGUUAAGAGUGACAUAAUCUUUCUCCAAAGACAUAUUCUGCAGGGGUAAUUAAUUUAAUGAUAAGGCUCAAACUUCUGAAGAAAAAUUAUUUGGGUAAUAUUGUAAAUUAAUGAUUUGUUCAAAAUCAAAAGGGAAUCAGAUCUUGGCUAAAUAUGUAUGGUUUCAAACAGGGCAUUUGGUAUGCUAAUACUAUAUUAUAUACAGUAUUUUGCAGCAGUUAGACAUUAUAUAGUUUUUGUCACUGGUGUACAGUUAUCUGCAACUUCAUUCAAUUUCAUAAAAGGCUUGUUUGAAUAAUAUUUCAUGGAGCCUUGUGCUUUAAGAUAAGAUAACUACCAGUCGCUUGCAAUAGGAGCUGGGAUUAAAUAAUAGUAAUAUUUAAUUUUAAGGUACCUUCCUCGAAAGGUAUUUCCUCGAAUAAGCGCCCAGGCGAUGGCUAAAAGGAGGGCGCUAAUGAAGUUUUCCUUUCAACGAACUGUGAUUUUAUUUUGGCUUAAUCUCUAAUAGAAAAUCAAAGACUUCACCAUUUUCCGCGAAAACGUAAAGUCAAUAUUUAAAUGUCUAUCGUUACACACUAUUAUAUCGC